AUGUGCACCUGGCUCACAAUCACCUACGCCUGUGCCCACACGCAGCGCAUCCGCAAAUCCACCCACAGCACCUGCGAGGUCCACCACCACGAGUACGUUGACUCCGCCCAGCUACGUGACCCCGGUCAUUGCGCCACUUGCGCUACCGCAAAGCCGUCCUGGAAGUCGGGGUUGGGCAGGAUACAGGCACCGAUCGUGGCCAAGAAGGAGGAGAGGAAGCCUAUUACUAUCAAGAAGGAGGAGAGGCAACUUAUCACGGUUAAGAAGGAGGAGAUCCAAGUCCAGAACGCACACGAUGGAGAGUUGAUGUGA